AUGGAAAGCGUCGAAAAAGAACUCAGUCUAUUGGAACAUGACAUUGAACAAAUGCGGAAUGUAACCGAUAAUCAUCAAAUAUUCAAUCAAAUCAACAAAUGGGAACAAGAAUCGACGACUAAAGUUCAGAUCAUAGCAGUAUUAGCUCGUGCUGAUCUUUCUCAUUUACUUGAAACGAAUACUAACCGUCUUCAAUCAGAUUUUAAUCGAAUUUCACAACAAAUUCAAUCUUGUCGGGAUUCAAAUCAUUCAGAGAGAGAUAUUGAUCAAUGGAUUAUCGAAAUUAAAAAGUGUCGGCAGGAUAUUCCAAAAGCAUUAGAAUCUAUAAAAUUAUCAUCUGACCUUGAAUUCGAACCCAUUCAAUUUGUAAGGAUCACAGAACGUCAUGAUCAACAUUAUGCAGGAGCCAAUAACGAUACAACUGUAGCAUGUUCAGUAGAUCCUAUUCCGUCGUCUUUCACGUGUUUGUCUCGUGCUGUGGGGAAAAUACUGAGUGGAAAUGCUGAGAGAUUUGAAAAAGUAGUUGGUGAUGCUGAACUCGAGGAAAAUUAUUUGAUUGCAAAGAAGAAGAAUGUUCACUCGACGAGUAUUCGUGGUGCCCAGUUAUAUUCUACGGGUACUCAUCAAAUUCGAUUUCGAAUCGAACAUUUGAGUAACAAUAGUAUUUUCAUUGGAAUCAUUCCAUCGAAUGAGCAGAUGACAACUACUUCGUUUAAAUUAUCCUCCAGUUAUGGUUGGUGGGACACAAAAUUUCCAGUCAUCGGAGGCAUUCAUGUUGUGAACGGUACUUAUUCGAUGCAUAGUGGUGAUGAAAUAUCGUUGACACUUGUUUGCAAUGAAACAAGACUGGUUUAUCAUAACAAGAGAACUGGAUUCGGCAAAAUAUCAGUGAAUUUGAGCGCAUGUCCAUUACCGUGGCAACUUCUUGUGGUAUUGGGUGCAGGCGAGAACAUUGUUCGCAUCCUCCCAUGA